AUGGUAUCGAGAUCAAGAGAAGACUUAUCGCCUAAUGAAUCUCAUAUUAUAGAUGUUGAUAGUUCUUCACCACCAGGUGAUAAUCAUAAUUAUUUUAGUCAAGAAGAUAUAGAAUUGACCAAAAGUACUAAUGAAGCGCCAGUGUGGAAUAUACUACCUUCGUAUCAUAUGUAUACAACCACAAUAUAUAAGAGUUUCAAUGUUUCCGAUGAAAGUUUGACAGAGCCUCCAUCGUACGAAAACUCUUCAAUUCAUUCUACCAGUCGGUUGUCAAGUGUGUCCACGGCGCGGUCGAAUAGCACGGUUGCGCAAGGGUCUUCUUCCCCAUCAACGAGAGAAACAGAAGACAGUAAUGAUAAUUCUCAGAGAUUAAUAAUUGCGGAUGAAGGUACCAAUCUGUGGCAGGAUACAAUUCUUGAUAAUGUUCACAAACUUACCAAUUUAACGUAUUCUAAUAAGGAGGUUUCAAAUGCUGUGAAAAUAUCAAUUCAAUUUACGAAAGAAGUGGGUGAGUUAGGUAAAGAGCCGAUUUUGAUCGAUCCGCUGCUUCAUGAGUAUAAACAGGGAGAUCUAAUAAAUGGAUUUGUCCUUAUAACGAAUGAAUCUAAUCAACCUAUUUCAUUUGAUAUGUUUUACGUAUUAUUUGAGGGUAAUCUUACGGUUGCGAAUUCCUUAGAUGUAAACGAUAGGAAGCCAACAAGGGUUGAAAAAUUCUUGCAAAUGUUUGAUUUCAGCGCUUCGUGGAACCACGCACAUAUUAAUAGGCUAAUUACUGAAUAUGCAAAUGCAUACGAAUGCCCUUUGAUUACAGAUACAUAUGACGAUACAAAAAUGGCAUUUCCAGAUCGAAAAUUGCUUCCCGGUGUUACAUACAAGCGGUUCUUUACUUUCAAAAUCCCCGAAAACUUACUAGAUUCAGAAUGCGGACACAGUCUACUGGAUCAUACUCAAAUCCCACCCACUCUUGGAAAAUCACGGGCACAGGAUUAUGCUAAUUUAACUUAUAGACCUGACGCUUCUAAGACCAAGUCACUUUCCUUUAUCGAUACAUCUAUAAGCUACGGUGUACAGGCUAGAUUUAUCGGAAGAGCUUCGAAGUAUAAUGUUAACCUAUCUAAAAGAAAUGAUCCUGUUCUUAUCAACUCAAAGGGAGAUGAAUAUGUCAUUUUGAAAGAAACUAAUAGAUUUCUUAGGAUUGUACCACAAGUAAGAUAUUUGACCCCAGAUCAAAAGGCAAUAAAAAGGAAAGGAAGUCAAGUACUUUACAACAACUUGAUACAUCGAAGUAAAGAGAAAAUUAAAACUGGCCAUGAAUUAAUACAGUCAAUUGAGGCCAAUAAAAUGGACAAUGCAAUUGAAUUAGUCAAUAAAUUAUCGAGCCAAGCCUCUAGUGAUCAAGUCAAAUUCAAUCAAUUAUAUCAUUCCACAAGUGGAGCUGAAUGUAAAAGAGAUGUAAUCGAUCAAUUUAAUGAGCAAAACUACAAUCUUGUUUCACCAUACACAAAAAGGUCAAUUAGAGGAUCGAUAACUCCUAUCGGUACGUUGCAGGUUUCAACUCCCAAAUUGGAAUACAUCUUAAAAUAUAUUACACCAGUAGAAUUUCGAAGGGGCAUCGAUGUAGGUCAAUCGGACCUAGAUACUUGGAAUCUAAAGGUUCCAAUUGAAUUGACAUUCCGUAUUCCUCAAUUAUUAUUUGGAAAGAAGAAAAAACUUCCCACAAUAAAAUCUAUCCAAAGUGAUUUAGUAGUUUUAUCGAUCAAAUCUGAUAACUACCCUAUACCAAUAGAAAUUACUCAUGAUUUAUUAUUUAAGAACGAAGUGAAUACUGAAAGUGCUUUGAAGGAUCGUGGUUUACGUGAUCUGGAUGAUUUUUCAUCUAUUGUCAAGUCACAAUUUAAAUGUUAUCGGCUGGAAAUACAUAAAAUAUUUCAGCAAUUGCCACCAGACGUUUUUAAACUUGAGAACCUGUUAGUAAAAGAUAUUAAUUGCCUUUCUUCCCUCAAGGAAAAACAUAUGAAUUUACAGUUGGAGCAGUUGCAAUAUAAAAUCUCUGGUGAAGAGCCAGAAAGUGUUGAUUCGAAGAACUUGUCGAACUUGAAUUGGACGUAUCAAGAUAGUGACUCUGCUGGUCACGACGAUACCCAAUUGGUGUAUAAAUGUAAGUUUGACUUAUUGAUGGAUAUUGUGACUGCCCAUCUUAAAGUAAUAGGAACCUUCAAAAAUAAUAAUGCAUUCGAUGCAUUUAACUUAGUUCCUAGUUUUCAAUCUUGUUAUAUAGGCCGGUUUUACUAUUUGAAAAUCAGCAUCAGCCUUUCUAAUGGAGAUACUGUCCAUAUAAAAGUUCCUGUUGAUUUUGAAAAAUAG